AUGUCCAAUCAUCGUGAUCAUGUCCGAAAUCAUAUGCCGUUGAUUGGAAUCGGAACUUGGCAGAUUACCAAAGAAGAAACUCUUUACAAUGUGAUUGAUGCCGGUUUGAAGACUGGCUAUCGAUUCAUCGACACUGCUCAGGUUUAUCAAAACGAAGCAGCAAUUGGAAGAUCUCUCGAGAGAUUACUUCCUGCUCAUGGAUUGAAGAGAGAGGAUAUUUUCAUUACUUCCAAAUUGGCUCCAGCAAAUGCAGGCGCAGAAAAAGCACCGAAGAGCAUUGAAAAAUCUCUCGAAAAUCUCAAAACUGAUUAUCUCGAUCUUCUUUUAAUCCAUUGGCCGGGAAGUUGGCUUAAAAGUGCUGAUACGAAAAAUAAGCAACUCCGAGAGGAGAGCUGGAAAGUUCUCUGUGAUUAUUUAGAAAAGGGAAAACUCAAAGCAAUUGGUGUUUCGAACUUUGAAAUUGAGCACCUUGAAGAGCUGAAAAAAGUUUCGAAUAUUGUUCCGGCUGUGAAUCAAGUCGAAUAUCAUCCUCAUUUCCACCAAGAUGAUCUUGUUAAAUAUUGCCAGGACAGAGAUAUUCAUUUUCAGGCUUACAGUAGUCUCGGAAGUCCGACAUAUCGGGAGAACUUAUUUUCCGAUUCUGUUAUUGCUGAAUUAGCGAAAAAAUACAAAUGUAGCAUUCCGGUUCUGCUUCUUGGAUUUGCUUAUUGCCAAGGAAUCAGCGUUUUGCCGCGAACAACCAACCCGGAUCACGCUGUUGCCAAUUUCGAAGUCACCAAACUCACCAUCUCACAAGAAGAUAUUGACAAAAUGUUGAGUAUCAAAGUUGAUCAUAAAACUUGCUGGGACCCAAGAGUUGUGUCUUAA